AUGUCCCUGCUCACCCAUCUGCUGGCAUGUCUCUUUGGUAUGGGCUCCUGGGUGUCCAUCAAUGGCCUGUGGGUGGAGCUUCCACUCCUCGUCCCUCAAGUCCCAGAGGGCUGGUACCUGCCUUCGUACCUGUCAGUCCUCAUCCAGAUGGCCAACGUUGGGCCUCUCUUUGUCACCCUGAUGCACCGCUUCCGCCCCAGAGUCCUGAAUGAAACCAUGGUCAUCUACGUGAUAAUCUGCCUGGGUACGGUGGCCAGUUUCCUGUUGGGCUUCUUUUGGAAGGAGACUUCGACAGUCGCCGGCACUCCUCACAGCGUAGCCCUAUUCAUUCUGACGUUUUUCCUGGCUGCUGUGGACUGCACAUCCUCCGUCACCUUCCUGCCAUUCAUGAUGCACCUAAAGCCUCAGUAUCUCACCACCUACUUCAUUGGUGAGGGUGUUAGUGGCCUGUUGCCCGCUGUGGUGGCCCUGUUCCAGGGUGUUGGGAUUGUUCAGUGCCUGAACAGCUCACAACCACUGAACCCAAACCUGACGUCCUCAAACAGCUCAGACCUGCAGGCUGAGUAUCAGCCAGCAAACUUCUCUGUUGAGGUAUUUUUCUUUUUCCUGAGUUUGGUGGGGCUGCUAGCAGUCCUGCUGCUCAACUACCACCCAGCUGUGGCCAAGGACUAUACCAACAGUCAGGAUAGUCAGGAUCAAAACAGUGCGAAGGAAACAUACCAGAAACACAAGAGGUGGGACGAACAGAAGCCUAUGAUUGACCUAAACACACCUACAAACCAUAAACGCAGAAGCAGCUUUGGCAAAGGUACUUACAGCUGGAUGCAGGUGUUGUACAUCUUUGGGAUUCUGUGCUGGAUCAAUGCUCUGACCAACGUGGUGCUCCCGUCUGUGCAGUCGUACUCAUGCAUGCCAUACGGAAACAAGGCCUAUCAUCUGUCGGCCACCAUGGCGGCGGUGUCCAACCCUCUAGCCUGUUUCAUUGCCAUGUUCCUUCCUGUGAGAUCUCUUCUGUUGAUGGGAGGUCUGACUUUGUUUGGCAGUGGAAUUGGAGCUUUUAUCAUGGGCAUGGCAGUACUGAGUCCAUGCCCACUGCUGGUCAACGAGACCUCGGGUGGCGUCGUCAUUGUGUUCUCCUGGAUCUUCUUCAUUCUCAGCCUCUCCUACGUGAAGGUGAUCAUUGGACUGAUACUGCGUGAUGAGGGUCACAGCGCCCUCGUGUGGUGUGGAGCCGUGGUGCAGCUGGGCUCACUGUUGGGAGCAGUCACCAUGUUUCCUCUGGUCAGUGUGUUCGGCUUCUUCUCUUCUGGAGACCCGUGCAACACCAAAUGCUCUUAAGUCAUUCUUCUUUUUGUGCUUUAUUUACACACUGGACAUAACUAGAGUGUUAGUGAUGACUUUUUGCAUUUUCUCUCAUUUCUUUUCCCAAAGACAAGAUCAAAAUAUCACAUUUAAAAUGUUGUUUUUCUUUUAACGUAACAGACAUUUUAUUUAAGUUAAGUAAGCGUUAUGUUAUUGACUAGAACUUGGGUGUCAGAUAUGUUUAAUUUUUAUUUUUACUUUAAUGUAAACUCCUUAUAUAAAUACAUGUAUUUCUAGUUAAGUGUGUAGUAUUAGUGUGUAUUACGUCAAAUCUAAAGUUGUGUGUGUGAGUAUUAUGGUCUUCAGUUUUUUUUCCUUUUCCUUUUUCACAAUUUAAACUUUUGCUCAUUGAUAAAACAAAUGAAAUUAAAUGUUAAUAUCCACUUUAACGGCGAUGAUUUUCUAAUUUUGACAUAUUUAUAUUUGAUAUAUUCAAAUACAUUUCUUUUUUCGCCUUUGUUUUUUUUCCCAUGAAGGAAAUACUUUUUUAUAGCAGCAGAUUGUUUCAAGGGGUCGUAGUGACGUCACGAUUAAACCUGAACGUCGCCUCAUUUCCAUAUUUCCAUCAUCAUCACAGACAAAAAACACAAAGACGUCGUCAUUUUCAUAAGAUUUGACUGCGGGGUAGAAAUCGAAACCAUAAAAAAUGUGUAGAUGUCAAUUCGGUCGUUCGUCUUCGACGGCUACAUCCUUUUUGGGGUGUCAAUACCAGCAGCCGCCAGAUGAGGGCAGUGUUUCACUAAGGACAGUUCUCCAAUCCAUCACAGGAACAACUCAUCUUUGCUCUCAUUCACACCACCAUUCACAACUAUGGUUCAUUUAAACUGAACACUUGACCUAAUCCUGCGUGUUUUUGUAAAAAUAAAUAAAUCUAUGAAUUAAAAAAAAA